AUGACGCUGAGACAACAGGGGGAGCACAUCAACAGCGGCCACCACGCCAAUGGACCCGCGGUGAGCUCGAUCGAGGGCAGGAGCAUGGGCGCGAUGACCAUCAGGAACAACGACAACUCGGACUGUCCCAUCAAGUACCCAGACCCCAACAGCAAGGAGUACUGCGAUGACAACUACACCCUUCUCAUCAGCUCUUGA